GUCUCUCAGUGCUCAUUCGCAUCCAAUGGCUUUCUCUUCAGAUGGUACACCGGCAUUUACGUCUGCCGGAGUUCUGGGCUCGAACUGUGGCCAGUCGAGGUGCCUCUGCGCUUGCUGUCCAUUUCGGUGACCGGCCGGCUUGGACCUUCGGUCGAAUCGACGCCUAUGCCAACCGUGUA